AUGUCGAAAAUUUCUAGUCUUGAAUUUGAAGUUCUUGAUAUCACUGGAAACAACUAUUUGGCUUGGGCAUUAGAUGCCGAAUUUUCUCUUAGUGCAAAGGGACUUGAAGGUACAAUCCUAGAAGGAAAUCAAGCCGGAAAUCAAGAUAAAGCAAAGGCUAUGAUAUUCCUUCGUCAUCACCUCCAUGGAGAUCUCAAAAAUGAGUAUUUGACGGUGAAAGAUCCACAAGUCCUUUGGAACGAUUUAAAGGAAAGGUAUGAUCACCAGAAAACUGUGAUUUUACCUAAAGCUCGUUAUGAAUGGGCACAUCUGAGAUUACAAGACUUUAAGUCUAACAAUGAGCUUUUGAUGAAAAAUCAUGGACUACGUCCAACUGGUUAUGCUCCAUUCCCUGAAGCGAAUGUGACUGAACAGAACAACACUGGCCGCGGAAAUGGCUACACUCGUGGUCGUGGUCGUGGCCGUGUUCGUGGACAUGGUCGUAGAGAUACACGUGGACGUGGAUAUGGUCAAAUUCGAGUCCGGGGAGUUUCUUUUAAGAACUCUAACUCUCACCAGAAGUGGGAAAAGAAAGAUGGUGACAAACAAGAAAAUGAAUGCUACCGAUGUGGAAGUAAAGACCAUUGGGCUCGUACGUGCCGUACACCAAAACAUCUUGUUGCCUUGUAUCAACAGUCAGUAAAACAAAAGAGAAAGUAUGUGGACACAAACAUGGUGUACGAAGGUGGAGAGGAUGAUUUUGAUUUUGGUGAUGCCACUCACCUUGACCUUUCCGAUUUUCUCGUUGAUGAAGAGAAAAAGUGA